AUGGAAUCAUUCCCACCCAUCUUCCAAGAGUGGAUAAAAGCUCUUUCCUUUUCGGUAAACACCAGGCCCGAAUUUACCCUAAUUGGAGCUAUUUCUGUUGUGUCAACACUGAUGGGACCGAACACUAAACUUCAAAUACGAAAUCGGUAUGCCGAGCCUUGCAAUCUCUUCACGGUAUGUUUGAGCGAGCCAGGAGCAGGAAAGUCACAAGCUUUCGAGAUUUGUGUGGAAGCUCCAUUGAGACAACUUGAAGAACCAGCGAAAUCAGUUGUUGUUCACGAUUUUACCAGGAAGGGUCUGUUCCAGCACCUUGUUGCUCACCAAGGCAGAUCCCUCUUGACGCAUUCUGAAAUGAGUUCAUUUUAUGAGCUCAUUUUGAAAAAGCAACAGGAGGGCUCUGGAGAGCGGCAACUGUUCUGUCGCCUGUAUGAUGGAAACUCGGAAUGGGCAUUAACCAGUGCGACUGGAAGUGGGGAUGGUGAAAAUAGAGAAGUGUUGUGA